AUGGCAGAUGCCUCUGGCCAGUCGUCAGUCCUCCUGAGCUCCCAGCAAGAGACGACAGUCUCCUCCACAAUCCUUUCCGACACGUCCCCAGACAUCCCCGUCAAGACAGUGACCGAGGAGACCGUUCGUCAUGGUCGUCCGGCACCGACAGAGAGCAGCCCAGUGUCUGAAGACCCGCUGCCUUCGCCGACAAAGUCUACAGAGUCGUCGAAUGAUUCUACAACCGACUCUGUUUCGACCACAGAAGAGAUCAAGCCCCUUAUUGUUUAUGCACCACCCAUCAUCACUACUUCGAGCUCUGAGGAGUCCUCUACCUCCACUGCAUCUCCAGGUGUCGAAGGUUUGACAACCGCAUCUGACGAGACGGCUUUCGCUGAUACGGAAAGUGCUCCUACUAUCAUGCGCCUCUCACCUUUGUCCACCACUGUGUCUCAAGAUAAUGUGCCGUCAAAGUCUGUCACAUCUUCUCAAACUCGGUCCUCGGCGACCUCCGCGGCACCUACAGAAACACCCAGCGCUAACAAUAUUCAAGCACAGAAUUCUGACGCAGCGUUGCCCCUUUUCACAUCGGCAACGACCUUCAGCAGCUUGGGUGGCUUUUACGCAGUUUCCGCCAUUGCUUCUACAUUUGAAACCGUCUUACCAAAUGGCGACACCAUUACGUCCACCAGGACCCUGGCGACUACGAUAAGUUUGCAAACCACCCGUGCCCAGACCAAUGAAGACAACAUACGUGGUGGUGGUGCUCCAUCUCCUCCGGGACCUUAUACACCCGAGCCGAACUCGAUCCCGUCAACAGCCUUUUUCAAGCGACCGGCUGCCGCUGCAGGUGUCUUUGUUGCAGUUUCAUUGGUGCUUGGAUGCUUCGUAUGGAUGUUCUUCCUCUUGCGUCGGCAUCGUCGUCAAGCAGCGACGGCUAAGGAUCGUAAGCGACACCCAUACUAUGCAUACGGUUCUACAGGCGUAUCUCCUCGAGACAGAGGUAGUUUCAUGUCCUAUGACGCUCGCAACUGGCCCGAACGUUUCGAGGAAGAGACAUACAGCGUGCCAUCCACACCAAUUCCUCCUCCGGCGCUUGAGCCAUCACCGGCACCGGCAUGGCGUCCUGGGUAUACGCGAGCAUUCGGCGGAGGUGAUUUCCCAGAGGCGGGGCCGUCGUCUCCAACUUCUCCCACCCUGGCCGACCGCCACCAAUACUUGCAAUCGUCUACACCUUUGACCGCAACGGUGACAUCCAAUCCUCCUCCUGUUCCCUCGCGAUCACCGUACAGACCGGUUUCCACUACUCAUGCGCGAGGUGGAUCAAACGGCAACCUUGGGUUAGCCUCCCACAUGGACGUUUCGGCAGGCAACCUGCAAGGUUUGGAGCCUACAUUCACUUUACAGCAUGCAUCCCUCACUCCUCUCUCGCGUACCCUAUCUUCCAGUCGACCCCGACCUCGCGCAUUGUCCUCCUCUGUCUCAGUGCAUCCGUACCCUACCAAUAGCUCCCUAUCAACCAUCUCCGACUCUUCGGAACCGAAGGAACCGCAUCCCAUUGUGCUGUUCAGGCGUACUAGUGACCGCUCGACAGACUCGCAACAGAGCGACGUUUUCCGCUCAUCGGCUUAUGUCGUUCCAUCUCCUUCGUCGCUAAAUAGGCUGCAGAAGGCGCCGGAGACGCUGAAGAAUCCGUUCGCUGAUGCCGACUCGCCUCCUCCAACUCCAGUCGGCCAACCGUUUGUGCGCGACCAAGAGGAAGGAUCUCAUAUUGUGAGACUAGAUCGAGGAGUUUCACUACGUCGAAACGAUACUUGGCGCAAUCGACCAGAGCACCAUUUGUCGACGACACCAGAGCCCAGUGUUGCUGAAUGCAGCGGCACAGAGGCCGGAACGUCUACUAGUCAUCUCGCUGCGACACCGCGUCUUCGUCUUCUAUUAAAGACGGCUGAAAACCGGAUUGGACGCAAGUCGGAGAGCAUGUCGACGGCGGAGACGUCAACGGGGGGUGAUACGCAUGUGAGUCCCGUAGAGAGCGAGCUGUUUUAUAGCCUAGACUUUAUGCGAGCUGCCGCUGCAGAGCCUGGGAGUGCUCGAUGA